AUGCAGACAUUCCUUGCCUCAUGCCUCAGCUUGUUUUCACUGGCAGGAGGAGUGCAUUCUGAUCAAUAUUUUCACCUCUUUCUUUCCUUUCUCUCUCUCUCUCUCUCUCUCUUUCUUUCUGUCAAUCUGUCUGUCUGUCUGUCUGUUUCUACUUCAUCUUUUUUUUCCAAAAUGCCCAUACGCCCCCACUCCCUCCCGGCUGCCUUAGCCACUCCCUCUCCUCAUCCAACUUCAUCUUGUUCGUUGCUCGCGUGGUAUUUUCAACCGGCGCGUGCCUGGCCCAACGCCGGCUGUCUCCUUUUUGAUGGUGUUAUUAUUUUGGGUGUAGGAGUGAGAGGCCCGCAGGAUGUUGCUAAGAAGAAAGCUUGUAUAAUUGUCAGGAAGUUGGGUCUAUCCAAACGUACAGGUCACAGCUGGCUAAAACUUCAUCAAACAAUAUCUGUGCGCCGUAUUUUUCGACUUAAUUCUCUCUCUCUCUCCCUAUUGUUAUUAUCGUUAGUCGUGAUGGCAGCAGCUGCCUUGAUUUUCUCAUUCUUCUUCUUCUUCUUCUUCUUCUUCUUCUUCUUCUUCUUUAUUAAUAAUUCUCAUAUUCUGUUUCGUUAUUUUGCUCUCCUCACCUUUGUUCCUUUGGACAUAAUCAUUUCGUGCGAGCCCAUCCUCUCUCUCUCUCUCUCUCUCUCUCUCUCUCUCUCUCUCUCUCUCUCUCUCUCUCUCUCUCUCUCUCAUAAAUACAUUUCUUUCUUUCCAGGUUGUUUUCUGUUUUUUUUUCUUUUCUUUUAUUCAUCUAUUUCUACUCUUAUUGGUGUUCCUUUCAUUUUCUUUCAUUUUCUUUCUUUCUUUCUUUCUUUCUUUAUUUAUUUAUUUAUUUAUUUAUUUAUUUUCUUAGUCUAA